CCGCCUCCACUCGAGCGUCUUCCUGGUUAACCAGAGGACAAGCCGCCCAUUGGUCAACAUGCAAGACCCGGAGCGGCGACCUUGCUGGCUGGCGACAUGCCACUAGCUUCGAUCAGCGACCGAAACGAUUCCACCAACGAUCAGAAAGUGAACUUGAGAGUUCAGCCCCCGAAGUGCGCUCCGCUACUGGUCGGUCGAGUUCCGGUAUAAAGUGCAGCUGCUACCUGUCAUUGCGGAGCUACACCGUGGUUUCGCUAACUUUUAACCUCAAAAUCCCUAGGAACAUCAUCAUCUCCAACGAAUUACGACUCGACACUACGAGCAUUAAAACACGUUAAACCCCAACAACACAUCGACGAUUCGUUUCCUGUCUUUAAAAAAAACAACGACACUAUACCACUCCGAUCCAUCGGAGGGCGCUGUGAAUAUUCAGACAAGCUAUAGCCCAUUAAAUGACAACAAGGAAAGAGGGAUGCUACAGUUCUAAUAGCAACUACUAUUUUCACAAUGAAGUUGUAUUGUCUGUCCGGACACCCCACGCUGCCGUGCAAUGUCCUCAAAUUCAAGUCCACAACUAUCAUGCUGGACUGUGGUCUGGACACCACUUCGGUCCUCAACUUCUUGCCUCUUCCCCUUGUGCACUCUCCCAGACUCUCAAAGCUGCCUGGGUGGGUUUCAAAAGAUGGGUCAAUAAACUUGGAAAAGGAGCUGAAAGAAUGUGCAGGACGCGUGUUUGUCGACUCACAGCCAGAAUUUUGUCUCCCAGAGAGAGACUUGUUGGAUUUGUCAACAAUCGACGUCAUUUUAAUCUCCAACUACCACUGCAUGAUGGCUCUGCCCUACAUCACAGAGCACACUGGGUUCACCGGCACCGUUUAUGCCACAGAACCCACCCUGCAAAUCGGACGGUUGCUGAUGGAGGAACUGGUGAACUUCAUGGAGAGAGUUCCUAGAGCUCAGUCUGCCACCUGCUGGAAGAAUAAGGAAAUACAAAGGAUGCUCCCAUCACCACUGAAAGAUGCGGUUGAGGUCUGGACGUGGAAGCGGUGCUACAGCAUGCAGGAGGUCAAUUCUGCGCUCAGCAAAGUCCAGUUGGUGGGCUACUCACAGAAAGUGGAGUUGUUUGGAGCUGUGCAAGUUUCCCCAUUGAGCUCUGGCUACUCGCUAGGAAGCUCGAACUGGAUCAUCCAGUCGCAUCAUGAGAAAGUGUCCUAUGUUUCAGGCUCAUCGCUGCUCACCACUCACCCUCAGCCGAUGGACCAGAGUUCCCUGAAGAACAGCGAUGUUCUCAUUCUCACAGGCCUCACCCAAAUGCCUACUGCCAACCCAGAUGGCAUGGUGGGGGAGUUUUGCAGCAACCUGGCCAUGACGAUCCGCGCCGGAGGCAACGUCCUGGUGCCAUGCUACUCCUCAGGGGUGAUCUACGACCUACUCGAGUGCCUGUACCAGUUCAUUGAGAGUGCCAACCUGGGAACCACGCCCUUUUACUUCAUCUCCCCGGUGGCCAACAGCUCGCUGGAGUUUUCUCAGAUCUUUGCUGAGUGGCUUUGUCACAACAAGCAGUCAAAGGUGUAUCUUCCUGAACCCCCCUUCCCUCAUGCUGAGCUGAUCCAGACCAACAAGCUCAAGCACUACCCCAGCAUCCACGGAGACUUCAGCAGUGACUUCCGUCAGCCCUGCGUGGUCUUCACCGGUCACCCUUCGCUGCGAUUCGGGGAUGUGGUUCACUUCAUGGAACUGUGGGGCAAGUCCAGCCUCAACACCAUCAUAUUCACUGAACCAGACUUCUCCUACUUGGACGCGUUGGCUCCCUACCAGCCGCUGGCAAUGAAGUGCGUCUACUGUCCAAUCGACACGCGGCUCAACUUCCACCAGGUUUCAAAGCUGCUCAAGGAAGUGCAGCCUCUUCACGUGGUGUGUCCGGAGCAUUACACUCAGCCCCCGCUGACCCAGUCGCACCGCUCCGACCUCAUGCUGGAGCUGCAGCCUCCACCCAUGCCGUACCGCCGCUGCUCCGUGCUCAACCUGCCCUUCCGCCGGCGCUAUGAAAGGGUGUACAUCCUCCCUGAGCUGGCCAACUCUCUGGUGCCCUCUGAGGUCAAACCUGGCAUCUCCGUGGCAACCGUGUCUGCCAUCCUGCACUCCAAAGACAACAAGCACACGCUACAGUCUGUGCCGAAACCUCCACCGGCUCCCCCCAGCAAGAAGAGGAAAAGAGUCAUGGAGGAGCCUCCAGUAGGGCAGACGCCCAAACCCAUGCUGAGUGGAGCUGUGCCUCUGGAUGGAUUCCUGGCCACCCUGCAGAAGCACGGCAUCACCGAGGUGAAGGUGGAAGAGACCGCAGACGGACACAUUCUUCACCUGCAGGCCGACGACACGCUGAUCCAGCUGGAGGAGGACGGGACCCACAUCGUGUGCGACAACAAUGAGCCGCUACGCACCACACUGAGAGACCUGGUGCUGCGCUUCCUGCAGAAACUCUGAGCCCUUUUUAGAUCCACAUGUUCA